AUGCCGAUCCCCCCACCCCCCUGUGCCCCCCCUCCACCCCCUACCUUCAGCCAAGUAAGAACUUAUUCUAGCAUGCAAGGUGUCACCUGGAUACAAAAUGUGUUCCCUGUGCAAUUGUGUGGAUCUGAGAACCAUAUCAGUAGGCCUAGCUCCAAACCAUGAUGUAGCCUAGCUCCAGGUUAGCUCAUAUUAAUUAGUUGUUCAACCAGCUUGACAGCUCGUAGGUCCCUUUUUCAAAGGGAUUUAUAUGCACUGGUGUUGUGAAGCUGAAUUUGUUUCACCUUGUGCAGAGAGCACACUACUGAAAUAAGCUCUCCUCGUGGCCUGUGAUAGUAUGUGCUAUCCUCUCCCUGCCAAGCCCAACCAGAGGCUGUGUCUCAAAUGGCACCCUAUUCCCUUAUAGUGCACUCUGGUCAAAAGUAGUGCACUAUAUAAGGAAUAGGGUGCCAUUCGGGACGUGACCAGAGCGCUUCUGGUUUAUUCAAGUGAUUAACGCUGCUCGCUCAAGUAAUCAUCCUCAAAUUUUUUACACAUGAAGUAAUUCACAUAAUGAGCAGUGGACCGACCAGGCCUCUGCAGACAGGGCUGCAUAAUGCUAUGGAUUUAUGCAAUGGACAACUAAUUAAUUACUUGAUGUAAAGGACUCACAAAAUAUAAAUCUUAUUCAAAUUAAUUGUGCUAUAGCCCCUAUCAAGAACACCUUCUACCUGGCUAAUUCCCUUGCACCAACUGUGACAAGGCUUUCUGCAAGCUGUUACCUGUCAGGUUAUGUAUAAUCUCGGUUAGUUACUGGCAUGUCUAUGGGCCCAAAUGUCCCCUCCCCAUCCCAAAUUGGAAAGACGCCUGUGAAAUCGUGAUUUGUCCAAAGCACCUGAACUAAUGCUGCUUGUAAUCUCACGCAUCCUGUUGUAUCAAACCAGAUCUACUGUACCGUUAAGUGUGCUGUGUUGAGCUAACUAGAGGACAAGCGCUCUCUCUUCCCCUCGCAGGCCAACACCACCCCACCCAAGCUGAACCGAGAUGAGGCCAAAGGCAGAGGAGCCCUGCUCGGUGACAUCCACAAAGGGGCCAAGCUGAAGAAGGUCGGCGUGGUCAAUGACAGGAGCGCACCCAUCUUAGAAAGUAAGGCCACAGCCCCACUAAGGUUCACCCUUGUGUCUCAGAUCUACUAUUCUGGUAGUGUUUUACUAACUGAUCUGAUUGGAUGGAAGUAAGGACAGAACCGAUGAGGCUAGGGUAGUGCAUGGAGCACACUCACUGGGGGUCAAGGUUUAUUUCACAGGAGUGAAAUGGGAGAUCAUAAGGGUAAUUAUACAUAUAAUAGGUUACUAUUGUAAUGUAUGUCAUUUAACCUUGUUUUCUUGCCUGUCCAGAGCCUAAAGGAGGUGGUGGUGGUGGUGGUAGUAGUAAUGGAGGUGGAGGAGGCUCAUCAGGGUCCAUUCAGCCAAUGGGAGGUCUUUUCCAGGCAGGUGUGCCUAAAUUACGACCAGUCGGAGGCAAGUAUUUAAUAUCUUAACUGUUAAUAGUAAUGGUGUCACUAACAAAGAUUCCACCCAGAAAUCUGGGCUGCUGAAGGAGUGGUCUGUCAAACUGAUUGUUACGGAUAUAGGUAUCCUGUAUUUGUUUUUCCUCUCCUUCAGCCCUAAUCACAGGUGUCCCUUGUUUUCCUGAUUGGUGGUCGUUGGGGUGUCCCAACUGUCCGACAUCCGUUCGUCUGCUGAUUACACUCCUCCGUAUUGCACCACCUGUUUCUGGUUUUCAUUACCAUAUCACAUCACACAUCCCCUGGUUUUAAAGACAGUCAGUUGUGUUUUCUGACAGAUACUAUUUUUCUCUGAGUAUGGAUACUGUGGUGUGUUAUUUUUGGUGUACUCACAUGUUUGCUGUCUAGUCCAUAUUGGACCUAUGUUUUUUGUUUGUGCUUGGGAAAAGGGGUGUUUAGACAAGGUUUUCUUACGGGCCUCUUCUCCAUCCAGCCUAGACUUUUAAAGCCACGGGGUUCGUAACACUGAUAUUGAAAAAGCAGGUUUAAAACUGGAAUUUAAUUCCCUUCAAUUAUAUUUAUUGCUGACAAGUUUGGGAGUAAGCUUCUUCGUCAAGGCGCUAUUGCAAUAGGUGAAAAAUUAGCACUGGUCUUUGACUGCGUAGGUAGGGCAGCCCGUCAGGUUUCAGUGUUGUCAUUGGGCAGGGCUGUAAUAGAUCUGACACAGGCACGGCUGAAGGAGAUUUGCUGAUUCACAAUAAUGUGUUCCCUAACCUGCACGUCUGCGUUAGUCUUACCAUCUGUCAGGGAGAAAAUAUUCAAACAUGAAUUAUGAUUAAUAAAACAACCUAAUGAUACAUUUCUGUGCUGAGAAAUGUCCUCAUGUUUCUCUGUCCAUGUAUAAAUGAAUCUUCAUAUAAAUUGCUGAUGACGUGAUUGUAAUUUUUUUGUGCAGAUGGUUCGGUUGGCAGGUCAGCCUUGACGCCUCCUGGCACGCGCCCCGCUGCUCCUCGUCCCCCCGGACCCCCUGUUCGCCAGGACAACACAGACUGCUCAGCCCAGCAGGCCUCUCCCCCGGAGCACUCCCGCUCCCAGAGGCCCUCCCUCCCCGACCUGUCCCGCCCCCUCAGCGGAGGCAGCCCUAACAGUGGCAUGAAGCACAGCUCCUCCGCCCCUCCACCACCUCCCCCUUUCUCUCGCAGGGGCAACGCACCCCCUGCCCCGACUCAGAAGGUGGCACCACCCACCCCCUCCUACAACCGGGAGAAGCCCCUCCCUCCCACGCCAGGACAGAGGGUGCUUUCCCCGGUGCCGGUCCGCAACAGCGCCCCUCCUCCGCCCCCUUCUCCCAACAACAACCGCCGGCCCCCGACGUCAGGGGGCUCCUCGGCAUCCUCCUCUUCCUCCUCUCUGGGUCCACCUCCUCCCCCGUACCGCCAGCCCAUGACCAACGGCCCCUCCAGCCCGGUUAACGAAGCCGCCCCGGAGCUACCUCAGAGACACAACUCCCUCAGCAAGAACCCGUCGCCCGGACCUGGACACACUCCAACCCGUGGGCAAGCUCCACCCCCGCCGCCCUCCCCCUCCCCGCCAGGCGGACGCCCACCCCCUCCAGUCCGCGAGCCCCCCGGUAGAGGAGCAGGUAUGUUCCUACUAGUGCUCUCCUUGUUCCUCUACCUGUAAUGGAGCUGGGUUAGGGUCAGUUCCAUUUCAAGUCCAUUAAGUUCUGAAGAAGAAAAAACUAAACUAAAAUGCUUUCUGCUGUUUGUGUUAUGCAUUGUUCAGUCACACAAUUCGGUCACAUUCUUGCUGUGUCUGUCACACCCCCUUACAUUUUUUUAUCAUCUCCUCUUGUCAAUCACAUGUCAUAAUGUGAGGCAAGCGAGGAGAGAUGAUUAUUUAUAAGUGUAGAAAUGUAAUCAGUGUAGAAAAAGUCCUGUGGCCAAGGCGUGGCGCUACAGUCAGGAAGGUGGCGUGUCAUGACAGGCCUACAGUGUGUUCCUGUUUGUCUGUAUUGUGAGUGUUAGGCAGCUCUCUUUAUUAUUCCUUAAUGACCGUUUGUCUGUACAGCUCCACCCCCGCCUGGGUCGACUCAACGAAACAGUGGUCGGGAUGCCCCCCCUCCACCACCCCCCUACAGAGGUAGCCCCUCAGAGCCUCAUAGCCGUGGCAAGCCCCCUCCUCCUCCCUCCCGUACCCCUGCCGGACCCCCGCCCCCUCCCCCACCUAUCCGCAAUGGACACACCUCCAUUUCCCGCUCCUUCAUAGGUGAGUCUUCUUCCCCAAACUGCAUCACCUGACCUCAAAUUCAGUUUCCCUCUACAUUAACAACCAACUCUCAUUUUGUUAGUCAAUCUACUUGGGAGUCUUUUGGAUUCUAUAAAAUGUUGCAGUCCAAGUAAGUAUUGAAUCUGUAAAAGAGAAGGGAAAUACUGUACAUCUGAGUUGGUCAAAUCAAUUUGAGUUGGGUAAAGGGUAAACUGACCGUAUUUUUAUUUAAUUUGUUAUAUAUAGUACCAGUCAAACGUUUGGACACAAGGGUUUUUCUUUAUUUUCUACAUUGUAGAAUAAUGGUGAAGACGUCAAAACUAUGAAAUAACACAUAUGGAAUCAUGUAGUAACCAAAAAAGUGUAAAUAAAUAAAUAAAUAAAAAUAAGAACUUUUCAAGUUUCUUCAAUUGCAGUCACAAAAACCAUCAAGCACUAUGAUGAAACUGGCUCUCAUGAGGACCGCUACAGGAAAGGAAGACCCAGAGUUAACUCUGCUGCAGAGGAUAAGUUCAUUAGUAACUGCACCUCAGAUUGUAGCCCAAAUAAAUGCUUCAGAGUUCAAGUAACAGACACACCUCAAUAUCAACUGUUCAGAGGAGACUGCAUGAAUCAGGCCUUCAUGGUUGAAUUGCUGCAAAGAAACCACUACUAAAGGACUCAAUAAGAAGAGGCUUGCUUGGGCCAAGAAACACGAGCAAUGGACAUUAUACCGUGGAAAUCUGUCCUUUGGUCUGAUGAGUCCAAAUUUGAGAUUUUUGGUUCCAACUGGCGUGUCUUUGUGAGACGUAGAGUAGAUGAACGGAUCUCCACGUGUGGUUCCCACCAUGAAGCAUGGAGGAGGAGGUGUGAUGGUGUGGGGGUGUUUUGCUGUGACCCUGUCUGUGAUUUUAAUUAGAAUUCAAGGCACACUUAACCAGCAUGGCUACCACAGCAUUCUACACCGAUACGCCAUCCCAUCUGGUUUGCGCUUAGUGGGACUAUCAUUUGUUUUUCAACAAGACAAUGACCCAACACAUCUCCAGGUUUGACCAAGAAGGAGAGCGAUGGAGUGCUGCAUCAGAUGACCUGGCCUCCACAAUCACCCGAUCUCAACCCAAUUGAGAUGGUUUGGGAUGAGUUGGACUGUGGCCUGAAGAAAAAGCAGCCAACAAGUGCUCAGCAUAUGUGGGAACUCCUUCAAGACUGUUGGAAAAGCAUUCCAGGUGACUACCUCUUGAAGCUGGUUGAGAGAAUGCCAAGAGUGUGCAAAGCUGUCAUCAAGGCAAAGGGUGGCUAUUUUGAAGAAUCUAGAAUUAUAUUUUGAUUUAACACUUUCUUUGGUUACUACAUGAUUCUAUAUGUUAUUUCAUAGUUUUGAUGUCUUUACUUUUGAUGUUCUACAAUGUAGAAAGUAGUAAAAAUAAAGAAAAACCCUUGAAUGAGUGGGUGUGUCCAAUCUUUUGACCGGUACUAAUAUAUAUUUAUUAUACAUUUUUUGUUUUGUGUGUGAAAACUGAUGAAUCUCUAGUGCUUCAGAGCACUUGAUCCAUGGCUCCUUCGGCUGGAACAAUUGGAUCAAUACAAAAGAGGAUUGAAAAACUCCAAUCACUUCCCUACUGUUCUUUCUGUCCUCUCCUCCCACUUGACCGUCAAUGGCCUUGACCACCACCCCUGACCUGUGUGCCUGAACUGUCAUCUUCCUAACCUUCUCUCCUUACAGAUGACUUUGAGUCCAAGUAUUCGUUCCACUCUCUGGAUGACUUCCCUGCUCCAGAGGAGUACCGGCACUUCACCAAGAUCUACCCCAGCAAAGCCAACAGAGGUGAGGGCUCACUUAUCAGUGUGACCAAACAUAUAUGUGUGUGUGUGAAUAUAUCACAAAAGUGAGUACACCCCUCACAUUUUUGUAAAUAUUUGAGUAUAUCUUUUCAUGUGACAACACUGAAGAAAUGACACUUUGCUACAAUGUAAAGUAGUGAGUGUACAGCUUGUAUAACAGUGUAAAUUUGCUGUCCCCUCAAAAUAACACAACACACAGCCAUUAAUGUCUAAACCACUGGCAACAAAAGUGAGUACACCCCUAAGUCAAAAUGUCCAAAUUGGGCCCAAAGUGUCAAUAUUUUGUGUGGCCACCAUCAUUUUCCAGCACUGCCUUAACCUUCUUGGGCAUGGAGUUCACCAGAGCUUCACAGGUUGCCACUGGAGUCCUCUUCCACUCCUCCAUGACGACAUCACGGAGCUGGUGGAUGUUGGAGAACUUGCACUCCUUGCCCCACAGAUGCUCAAUUGGGUUUAGGUCUGGAGACCUGCUUGGCCAGUCCAUCACCUUUACCCUCAGCUUCUUUAGCAAGGCAGUGGUCGUCUUAGAGGUGUGUUUGGGGUCGUUAUCAUGUUGGAAUACUGCCCUGCGGCCCAGUCUCCGAAGGGAGGGGAUCAUGCUCUGCUUCAGUAUGUCACAGUACAUGUGGACAUUCAUGGUUCCCUCAAUGAACUGUAGCUCCCCAGUGCCGGCAGCACUCAUGCAGCCCCAGACCAUGACACUCCCACAACCAUGCUUGACUGUAGGCAAGACACACUUGUCUUUGUACUCCUCACCUGGUUGCCGCCACACACGCUUGACACCAUCUGAACCAAAUACGUUUAUCUUGGUCUCAUCAGACCACAGGACAUGGUUCCAGUAAUCCAUGUCCUUAGUCUGCUUGUCUUCAGCAAGCUGUUUGUGGACUUUCUUGUGCAUCAUCUUUAGAAGAGGCUUCCUUCUGGGAUGACAGCCAUGCAGACCAAUUUGAUGCAGUGUGCGGCAUAUGGUCUGAGCACUGACAGGCUGACCCCCCCCCCCCCACCCCUUCAACCUCUGCAGCAAUGCUGGCAGCACUCAUACGUCUAUUUCCUAAAGACAACCUCUGGAUAUGACGCUGAGCACGUGCACUCAACUUCUUUGGAUGACCAUGGCGAGGCCUGUUCUGAGUGGAACCUGUCCUGUUAAACCGCUGUAUGGUCUUGGCCACCGUGCUGCAGCUCAGUUUCAGGAUCUUGGCAAUCUUCUUAUAGCCCAGGCCAUCUUAAUGUAGAGCAACAAUUCAUUUUUUCAGAUCCUCAUAGUUCUUUACCAUGAGGUGCCAUGUUGAACAUCCAGUGACCAGUAUGAGGGAGUGUGAGAGCGAUGACACCAAAUUUAACACACCUGCUCCCCAUUCACACCUGAGACACUAACGAGUCACAUGACACCGGGGAGGGAAAAUGGCUAAUUGGGCCCAAUUUGGACAUUUUCACUUAGGGGUGUACUCACUUUUGUUGCCAGCGGUUUAGACAUUAAUGGCUGUAUUGAGUUAUUUUGAGGGGACAGCAUAUUUAAACUUAUACAAGCGGUACACUCACUACUUUAUAUUGUAGAAAGUGUCAUUUCUUCAGUGUUGUCACAUGAAAAGAUAUACUCAAAUAUUUACAAAAAUGUGAGGGGUGUACUCACUUUUGUGAGAUACUGUGUGUAUGUAUAUAUAUAUAUAUAUAUAUAUAUAUAUAUAUAUAUAUAUAUAUAUACAGUGGGGAGAACAAGUAUUUGAUACACUGCCGAUUUUGCAGGUUUUCCUACUUACAAAGCAUGUAGAGUUCUGUAAUUUUUAUCAUAGGUACACUUCAACUGUGAGACACGGAAUCUAAAACGAAAAUCACAUUGUAUGAUUUUUAAGUAAUUAAUUUGCAUUUUAUUGCAUGACAUAAGUAUUUGAUACAUCAGAAAAGCAGAACUUAAUAUUUGGUACAGAAACCUUUGUUUGCAAUUACAGAGAUCAUACGUUUCCUGUAGGUCUUGACCAGGUUUGCACACACUGCAGCAGGGAUUUUGGCCCACUCCUCCAUACAGACCUUCUCCAGAUCCUUCAGGUUUCGGGGCUGUCGCUGGGCAAUACGGACUUUCAGCUCCCUCCAAAGAUUUUCUAUUGGGUUCAGGUCUGUAGACUGGCUAGGCCACUGCAGGACCUUGCGAUGCUUCUUACGGAGCCACUCCUUAGUUGCCCUGGCUGUGUGUUUCGGGUCGUUGUCAUGCUGGAAUACCCAGCCACGACCCAUCUUCAAUGCUCUUACUGAGGGAAGGAGAUUGUUGGCCAAGAUCUCGCGAUACAUGGCCCUAUCCAUCCUCCCCUCAAUAUGGUGCAAUCGUCCUGUCCCCUUUGCAGAAAAGCAUCCCCAAAGAAUGAUGUUUCCACCUCCAUGCUUCUUGGUUGGGAUGGUGUUCUUGGGGUUGUACUCAUCCUUCUUCUUCCUCCAAACACGGCGAGUGGAGUUUAGACCAAAAAGCUCUAUUUUUGUCUCAUCAGACCACAUGACCUUCUCCCAUUCCUCCUCUGGAUCAUCCAGAUGGUCAUUGGCAAACUUCAGACGGGCCUGGACAUGCGCUUGCUUGAGCAGGGGGACCUUGCGUGCGCUGCAGGAUUUUAAUCCAUGACUGCGUAGUGUGUUACUAAUGGUUUUCUUUGAGACUGCUCUCUUCAGGUCAUUGACCAGGUCCUGCCGUGUAGUUCUGGGCUGAUCCCUCACCUUCCUCAUGAUCAUUGAUGCCCCACGAGGUGAGAUCUUGCAUGGAGCCCCAGACUGAGGGUGAUUGACCGUCAUCUUGAACUUCUUCCAUUUUCGAAUAAUUGCGCCAACAGUUGUUGCCUUCUCACCAAGCUGCUUGCCUAUUGUCCUGUAGCCCAUCCCAGCCUUGUGCAGGUGUGCAGGUCUACAAUUUUAUCCCUGAUGUCCUUACACAGCUUUCUGGUCUUGGCCAUUGUGGAGAGGUUGGAGUCUGUUUGAUUGAGUGUGUGGACAGGUGUCUUUUAUACAGGUAACGAGUUCAAACAGGUGCAGUUAAUACAGGUAAUGAGUGGAGAACAGGAGGGCUUCUUAAAGAAAAACUAACAGGUCUGUGAGAGCUGGAAUUCUUACUGGUUGGUAGGUGAUCAAAUACUUAUGUCAUGCAAUAAAAUGCGAAUGAAUUACUUAAAAAUCAUACAAUGUGAUUUUCUGGAUUUUUGGCAGUGUAUCAUACUUGUUCUCCCCACUGUAUAUGUGUGUGUGUAAUGUACACACAGAUUUUCUGGUGUAGAGUACAAAAAUGUUUACAUGAAAGGAAAAUCAAUAUUUUCCCAUAGGCCUAUAGUUUAUUGUAAAAGCUUUUUGUUUUGACUGUGUUUCUUUGACAGUGAUGAGGGGAGCUCCUCCUGCACCACCCGUGGGAAGGUGAACACUGUGAGACCA